AACCUAAACCCUUGUCGGUCGAUUUCUUCCUUCUUUCAUCAGAUUUUAUAAAAAUAAAAUUAUUAAAAGACAAUAAAACAGUCUAGUUAUGUGUAACUUGGCCUAAGUGAAUAAUAGGAAAUAACUGAACGCCUAUCACACCGUAAGCAAAACAAGAACUCAUCGUUUCAUUUCGUUUGUGUGAUCUAAUAGUGAUGCAAUAAAGUUUUACUACUUAUACCAUUUUAAUAAAUAAUUCCAAACUGAGACAAUGUCUCACAAAAAUCUUAUCGACUUUGUUGUCAAGUAUCACAGCCCUCGUCUCAUAAAUAAUGUCGUGUGCUUCCCUAGUAAUGGAAAUUCUUAUUUCGGAAGAAGAGUGUUAUUGCGUAUACCUUCUGCACCACUAUCUUCUUCAACACCUAAGAUACAGUCUCCGAGAAACUUUGCCACAUCUUCAACUAAAUUCCAUGAAGCUGUGCUACCUACUGAACCAACGAAGAAGUUAGAAGGAAAAUUCCAAUUAAUGUUUACAUGUAAAAAGUGCAACACCAGAAACUCGAAAUAUAUUACAAAGUUAGCAUAUUAUAAAGGUGUAGUAAUUGUAAUAUGUGAUGGCUGUCAAAACAAACAUUUAAUUGCUGAUAACCUCAACUGGUUCAGUGACAUGAAUGGAAAGAAAAACAUUGAAGAUAUUAUGAAAGAGAAAGGUGAAACUGUUCACAAAAUUAUGUCUGAAGAUCUUGAAUUUAUAGCUAACGAAAUGGCCAGAAGUGCUAGUGAAGAAAUGGACAGUACAAAUUUAUUAAAAGACUAAGG